CUCGACACCAGGGCACGGGCAUCCCACCGGGGCUGACCUUUCUGCUAGGCCGCACAGGGCCACCCCAUGCACCGGGCCUGUUUCCACCCCUCAACCCCCCUAACAGCUCUCCCACCCCCCCAGGCAUGGCCGCCCCACAGCUCACCGAGAGCACCAUCAUGGUGGAAGGCCAAACCCUCUUCUACCGCCAAGCUGAGCCGGCCCAGCAGGUGCCAAAGCUGACAGUGCUGCUGCUGCAUGGCAUUCGCUUCUCCUCUGACACCUGGCUUCAGCUGCGGACACUUGCCACGCUGGCUGAAAAUGGCUACCGAGCUGUGGCUAUCGACCUGCCGGGGCUGGGGCGCUCAAAGGAUGCUGUGGCCCCAGCGCCUGUGGGCCAGCCAGCACCGGGGGCUUUCCUGAAAGCUGUUUCGGAGGCUCUGUGCCUGGGUCCAGCUGUGGUGAUCAGCCCAUCGCUCAGCGGCAUGUACUCCCUGCCCUUCCUCUUCCAGCACAACCACCUGCUCAAAGCAUACGUGCCUGUGGCACCCAUCUGCACUGAGAAGUUCACAGUGGAGCAGUAUGCCCAGAUCAAAACACGCACGCUCAUCGUGUACGGGGAUCAGGAUGCAGAGCUGGGGCAGGCCAGCCUGAACAACCUGCAGCACCUCCCUGAGCACCGGGUGCUGGUGCUGCAGGGCGCCGGACACGCCUGCUACCUGGACAAGCCCAACGAGUGGCACCGUGGGCUCCUGGCCUUCCUGCAGCAGCUGGAGUGAGCAGAAUGGGCUGCGUGGAGGGGCCCACGGGGCUGGGGAACAUGGCCAGCCCACCCAUCUCCACCUGCACCUUGACCAACCCAGCUGCUUGCCUGGCAUCCCCACCCAGCCUCCCUUGGGACCAAAUAAAACCCCAAGCUCCG